AUGUAUACCUCAGCCCGCUUCCGGCUAGUCGCCUUCGGCGUCGCUCUUCACGCGCUCCUGAUGUACGCCAUGAUCGACGUCCACUUCGCGACUCCUCUUGUGCACGGCAUGGAGCCGAUGUCCGCGGACUUUGCGCCGUCCGCUAAACGCCUCGUUGUUAUCGUCGCCGAUGGACUGCGCGCGGACCGCCUCUUCGAGCUCGAAACCGAGCCUGGAGCGGACGCUGAAGUUUCAAGUCCCCGAGCACCGUUCUUGCACCGCAUCGCUCGCGAGGAAGGGCGUUGGGGAGUCAGUCACGCGCGUCCGCCGACGGAAUCUCGCCCCGGGCUCGUCUCCCUCCUCGCCGGAUUUUACGAAGACCCGAGCGCGAUCACGAAAGGUUGGCACGCGAACGCGGUGGAGUUUGACCACCUUCUGAAUCAAUCAUCCGCCGCCUGGGCGAUCGGGGCGCCAUCCGUUGUCCCGCUCUUCGCGUCCGGGAUCUCGCACAUCCGCGCUCGAGCGUACGACGACGCCAUGGAGGACUUCGCGGCGUCGAGCGACCACGCCGCGCUGGACGAGUACGUCCUCGACCGCGUCCAGGAGGUACUCCGAGGGAACGUCACCGACGAGGAAGCGAGGUCAGGGGCGAACGUUCGCUCGGAACAAGCCGCGCUCGAGGGCGAUCGCGUCGUGUUCUUGCUGCAUCUUCUAGGGGUGGACAGCGCCGGGCACGCGCACAAGCCGCACGGGGAAGGAUACCUCUCCGCCGUCCGAGCGGUGGACGACGUCGCGCGGCGCGUGCACGAGGCGUUCGAGACGCGCUUCGGGAAGGACGGCGGCGGCACCGCGUACGUGUUCACCGCCGACCACGGGAUGAAUCGCCGCGGUGGGCACGGGGACGGAGAUCCGGAGUGCACGGAGACGCCGUUCAUCGCGUGGGGCGCCGGGGUGGGUGCCGCGUCCGACGCGAAGGAAACGAACGCCGCCUGUCGACCGAGAGGGAAGGACGCGCCGACGCCGGAAAUGGAAUGGGGGCUAAAGGAUGCCACGAGGUGCGACGUGGACCAGGCCGACGUCGCGGCGCUCGGCGCGUCGUUACUCGGCAUGGCCCCGCCGAAACACAACUCCGGGGUGCUUCCGGUGUCGUAUCUCAACUCUGCUCGGCCGGACAUACGUUCAGGCGCCGCUGUCGCCAACGCGGCGCAGAUGCUCUCCGUGUACCGCCGAAAGGUCUCCGUCACGUCGUCGACUUCGAUAAUGGCAUACGUCUCGCCGACUGGAUUUAGACCGUAUGCGCCGCUGAUUAACGCCGACGAGACGCUCGCGGGGUUGGAAUUGGCGCACGCGCGAGGGGACCACGCGACGGCGAUUGAAGGAGCGCAAGCGUUGUCGCUCGAGUGCGUCUGGGGAAACGCGUACUUACAUUCGUACGAUAAAGUAUUACUCAUGGGCGUCAUCACCGCAUGCUUUCUGAGUUGGAUGGCGUUUCUGGGUGUUCACUUAAGGGUCGAGAGGGGAGGCGUAUCCCGGGUUGGUGAGGCGUCCUCGAAAACGCGUGCGACGGCGGGGGCGGCGGUGGUUUCAAUCGCGACAUCGGGCGUUCUAUUACUGCGAAGCUCGCCGGUGACGUACUACGCGUACUUCAACCUUCCAGUUUACUUCGCGUGGCACUGUUUCACAACGUUACGUUCGGUUUCGAGAUCAAGAACACGACGUCGAACCGCGAAAAGAGUUGACGUGUGGGGUGUCGUCGUCACCGUAGUCGCCAUAAUUUUGACGCAAGUUCUGUGCCAGAGCUUCCACGACCGCAGGAUAUACACGGGGUUAUUUUGCAUUGCAUGCGUCGCAUUCACGACGCUUGCGGUAUGGUUUUCGUUUCUCAUGUUGCUCGCGGCUUCCAGUUGCGUUGUGAUAUCCGUCGAUCGUCUACAGACUGCAGAGGAGCGAAUACCGGACGGACUCCACGCUACGGCGUGGCUCAUCGCGGUAGGGGCUAUCCCUCUUCCGUUGUUAUCUCCGCGGAAAUUCACGCCGAGGUUCGUCUCCGUGUACUUGGCCGCCGCGACGGUGUACGCGUUGUUUUCCGUUUCGUACGAGUCCAUGUUCUACUCCAUCCUCGGUGCCGCAGCGCUGGCCUGGAUGACCCUGGAACGGUACUACCAGAUACACUCGAUAGCCAUGACAUGCGACGUCGGCGAUGUCGUGACGUACGCCUCCGUGUCCACGACGCGUAGCCUGCACCUUGGGGACGUGAGACACGCGGCGGUGUUUCUUGUGCUCAUCAACGCCGCGUUUUUUGGGACUGGAAAUAUCGCGAGCGUCGCGUCGUUCGAAAUGAGCAGCGUGUAUAGAUUCACGACGAGAUUCAAUCCGUAUCUCAUGGGCGGACUGCUCGUUCUGAAGGUGCUCGUGCCGAUGUUUACUGUUGCGGUCGCGUUCUUGAUGUCGCUCAAGCUUCAGGGCGCGGACUCGUUCGGGAUGUACCUCAUCUUCAUCGCGUUGUCGGACUGCAUGGCUAUUCGCUUUUUCUACCAAAUCACCACGGUAGGUAGCUGGGCGGACAUCGGGCAUAGCAUCAGCAGGUACGCGCUCAUGGGCACACAGGUCGUGAGCAUACUGCUCUUCCUCGGUGUGGCGGACGUGUUCACGCGAGUUCUUCCUAUCAACGGCGUAUGCGCUGUCACAGCGCGGGCGAGGAGCAAAAAGCGCAAUUAG